AUUUUGUGCUGGGAAACGCCCAAGUUCCUUCAUUGUACCCAAUCGUGUACUGUUCUGAUGGGUUCUGUGAGCUGACUGGAUAUCCUAGAGCUCAGAUCAUGCAGAAGGGUUGUGCUUGUACGUUUCUUUUUGGACCCGAAACGACCAAGGAAGACAAAGAACAAAUCGAGUGGGCCCUAAAUAAUAAAACCGAACUGAAGUUGGAAGUGAUGUUCUACAAGAGAAAUGGUAGUCCAUUCUGGUGUCUUCUGGAUAUCGUUCCUAUUAAGAACGAGAAGCACGAAGUCGUGUUGUUCCUUGCCUCACACAAAGAUAUUACCAAAACAAAGGUUGCUGAACUGGAGAUGAAUGAAUCGUACGACAGUGAUGCUAAUGGAAACCUAGACCCCGAGGGGUGCCUACCGAGUAGUCAUUAUCAGCGACGUAGAAGUCGAGCAGUACUUUACCAACUCUCCGGUCAUUACCGUCAGGAUAAAAUGAAGUCCAAGCUGAAACUCAACAAUAAUCUACUUCAUUCAACAUCCCUCCCAGAAUACAAAACAGCAGCCAUUAAGAAGUCGAAAUUCAUUGUUUCUCAUUACGGCAUAUUUAAGACUUGCUGGGAUUGGCUAGUACUCGUUGCCACCUUCUACGUCGCCAUCGUUGUUCCCUACAGCGCCGCCUUUCGGGACAACAAUGAAAGUCCAUCUAGGAACAAGACAAUCAUAUCGGAUGUUAUUGUUGAAGCUUUCUUUAUUGCAGACAUCGCUGUCAACUUUCGAACGACUUUCGUUAGCAGGAAGGGGGAAGUUGUCGCCAAGCCGAAGUCUAUUGCCGUGCAUUACGUACGUAGCUGGUUCAUCGUAGAUCUACUUGCGGCUCUACCUUUUGACCUGUUGUACGCAGCAAAUCUGUACAGUAGGAACACUCUGAUGCACUUGCUUAAAUUAACACGUCUGCUGCGUCUAGCCCGACUUCUUCAAAAGAUGGACCGCUACUCACAGUACAGCGCCAUAAUCCUUACCCUGCUAAUGCUAAUGUUCUCCCUCAUCGCUCAUUGGAUGGCUUGCGUCUGGUAUGUCAUUGCGCUGGAAGAAAUAGAUGUCAAUCCUAUACAAUGGGACGUAGGUUGGCUCCACCAACUGUCCAACAAAUUGGGUCACGAUCUUGUAAACUAUACAGAUACAGCAACUGCCUACAUUACCGCCCUCUACUUCACUACCAGCAGCCUUACCAGUGUAGGAUUUGGGAACGUGUCGGCCAACACUAACACAGAGAAAAUAUUUUCCAUACUCACUAUGCUCAUUGGCGCAUUGAUGCACGCUGUGGUUUUUGGUAAUGUAACAGCCAUCAUUCAACGUAUGUACUCGAGGCGGUCCCAAUACCAGACAAAACUAAGAGAUCUGAAAGAUUUUUUUAGACUUCAUCAAAUAUCGAAGCAACUGCGACAACGAAUGAUAGAUUACUUUCAAACAACGUGGUCUCUAAAUCACGGAAUUGAUCCUAAUGAAGUACUGCGGGAAUUUCCAGAUGAGCUUCGAGGAGACGUUUCCAUGCACCUUAAUAGAGAGAUUCUUACCCUCCCAAUAUUUGAGACGGCUCCCCAGGGUUGUCUGAAACAGCUGUCUCGUCACAUCAAGAGUAAUUUCUGUGCACCCGGUGAAUACCUAGUGCACGCAGGAGAUGCUUUAGGUUAUAUAUAUUUUGUUUGCAACGGUUCAAUGGAGGUAUUACAGACCAGCAUGGUGGUUGCCAUUUUGGGAAAAGGAGAUCUUGUUGGAUGUGACAUCGCAGCCAAUCUAAGUGAAACUGUAAUCAAAUCCAGUAGUGACGUAAAGGCCCUAACCUAUUGCGAUUUAAAAUGCAUUUAUAUGCCUGGCUUGAUGGAAGUACUAAAACUCUAUCCAGAAUUUGCUGAAACCUUCUGUCACGAUAUCUUACACGAUCUCACUUUCAACCUCAGAGAAGGCUAUGAAAACGAGCAAGAAGAAAACAAUGGGAUUCAUUCCCUUAUACUUCCGUCCAUAUCUGAGGACGAUGAAGUUGAUGAUGAUAGCGCUGGUACGGCAGCAGUCUCACCUUUGAUGUCCCCAGUUCCAUUAGUCACAUCUUCAGUUAAAGGGACAAACCGAUUUGUAGGGUUAGGAACAACAUCAUGA